AUGCGCUUCCUUUCUCUCGCUGCCGUCGGGAUCUCCUCCCUCCUCCAUUUUGCAGCAUCGCAAAGCUUGUCCGGUCUUCCGACCUGCGCGGUCACCUGUGCUCUCAAUGCCAUUUCCAGCACAGGUUGUUCGGCCACCGAUGCCGCCUGCGUCUGCCAGGCGAGCAGUUUCCUGACCGGAGUGUACUCAUGCAUUUCUACUGCUUGCAAUGCCUCGGACAUAGCUGCAACUCUGCAAUUCGCCGAGCAAUACUGCGGUUCGGCAGGCGUGAGCAUUACCCUUCCCUCUGCAUCUGCCACUGCCGGUCCUACUUUCACUUCAAGCUCGACUGGUGCCCCGGCAUCCGCCCCCGCUACCGUGACUAGCUCCUAUGUGCCAGCGAGCGGUGCUCCUGCUGCGACCUACACUGGGGGUGCGCAGAUUUUGAAGCAGCAGUGGGCCGGUGUUGCUGGAGUUGUUGGACUGGGUAUUGCUGCCAUGCUCUGA